GUGCGCCCCCCCGCUUUUCUCCCCCGCUACCAAUUUCACACACCAGAGAGAGAGAGAGAGAAAUGAAAAGUAAGGAGGGGGAAAGAAAGAGGGGUUUGCUGCUUAUCCUUUUCAUAUGAGCGGAAAGGCGUCAUAUUCUGUGCAGCUCGAGCGCUGUUGUUGGCCGUGGCUCACAAGAGAGAGAGAAGGAAGAGGGGCUGCUUUACAGAUAACGGAACAGUGAAAGGAGAAAGUGCUAGCGACGAGUCAUAAAAACGUCAAAAUCUGUGUAAAACCGGGUAAUACAACAGCGCGCGUCCUGUUUUCCUCAUCACCUCGAUCCGAGCCAACCGGGAUCGGGAUGGAUAUAUCUUCUUCUGCACCAUUUGUCAGAUCACCCGCCCGAGAGGACCGUGCCUCACGCGCAGCAGCAGCACCACCACCACCGAAAUCGUCUUUUUACCUUAUCGGAUGCUCCCAUUAGAUACAGAACAACCGUAGAGAUCGAUUAGUGGCUAGUAUUCGAAUGCGGCGCGCGCUGCCCGGGAUAACGGGAGAUUGAACCUGCUGGCUGACAUCGAAUCGAACAAACAGAGACGGACCUACGGAAACACAGGAUUCGUGGUCGUUCAGCGAUCCUAGGCACUGCACUGCAGCUAGCAGGCAGCCCCCUUCGUCGCGAGACACCGGGAGAAACCGUAGGAUACUAGCCUACACUCUCUCCCUGAUGCAAAACACCGCUGCAGCGUCGAGAAACUAUGCAGCUGUUUGAUAAGAUACAUAUGUAACGGGGGAAUUACGGGAGACCCCUGCCCGGUUCUAUGUCUGAUCUGCGCACCCAGGCUGAUAACUGAGGCUCCGGUAACGGAAUUGGAAUGGCAUAGAUUGCUUUUUUCAACACGUGACCGACGAACAGAACGGAUACAUAUCUGACAUGAGUAUCUGCAUCUAGAGACCUCAAACACAGGCGAUGGGAUGAAAAUGCGACGUCACAGAGUGUUCUUGCUGUGCACAGUGGGCCUGUGUGUCAUCUCCUUCCUCCACUAUUACAAGGCCCUGCAUUACGUCUCCCUGCUCAAGGAGCUGUCGGCCCCGUACCCCAACAUCAAGUCCUUCAUCAUGGUGACAGGCUUCUUCUGGAGGGAGGGGGGGGCCACACCGUUAACGUUGGCUGCCUCGUCGUCUGACUUCGCUGCCUCGCAGGAGGAAGGACCCCCGCCCGCCCUCAGGCCCUCGGACACCAAUCCACGGAUAGUAGGGCCUAUAAGCCCUGGAGGAGGGGGUGGAGGAGGUAGAGAAGGGGGGGUAGGGAUAGUAGGAAGAGGGGGACUGGAGAUGAGGCUGAGAGAGGGACCUGCUGCGCCUCAACCAUGGGGUCUACCAGAGGAACCCAGACACAGGGACACGGAUACCAACGAGGAGCGUGAAGGUGAGGACCUCCACUUCAAGCCCUGGUACCCCAGCCACCCAGCCCACCCUGUCAGACCUGACGCCCCAGAGGACAAGGCCUCGGCUGGGGUCAAAGACCAGGUGGCGACCCCCAAGGCUCCAUCCCCGGACCCCUUAGAAACCCUGGGCGACAUCCACACCCGCACGCACCAGCUCCAGGACGACCCCACCUCCUACUUUGUCCGUACGAAAGCCGGAGCCCUCUGCUUCCGCCAGGGGACAGAGGUCGCCACCCCCAGGGAUGACGCGGCUCGACCAGGGGGGCCUGUGGUGACUGGUACUGGGAUAGGAUCUCGAGCAGGCUCCCCUGGGCAACGUAAGCCCCUGGCGGUCCUGAACCAAUCCAACCAACAACCACUCCAUCCGUCAUCCUCCGGCACCUCCACGCCUCCCAAGGCCAAAUCAAGAGGACGAGGAGGCAAACGUCUGGUAAAAUGUGUGUGUCGGCCAGGGUGGCACGGACCCUACUGUGGGGUACCUACCAUGGUCUACCACUCUAACCUGCCCACUAAGGAGAGACUGACGCCCAGAGAGAGACCCAGGAGGGUGAUCAAUGCCAUCAACGUGAACCAUGAGUUUGAUCUUCUUCACGUGAGGUUCCAUGAGUUGGCCCAGGCUGUGGAUCUGUUCCUGGUGUGUGAGUCUAACUUCACCGCCUAUGGAGAGAGACGACCACUACGGUUCCUGCGUCUCCUCCUGAAUGGCACCUACGACUACGUGCGCCACAAAAUCAUCUACGUUUUCCUAGACCACUUUCCAGAGGGCGGGCGCCAGGAUGGCUGGAUCGCUGACGACUACCUCCGCACCUACCUGACCCGCGACGGCAUGGCCAGGGUGACCGGAUCACGCCCCGACGACGUCUUCGUCAUCAACGAUGCCGACGAGAUCCCCGCACGCGAGGGACUGCUUUUCCUCAAGCUGUUCGACGGGUGGACGGAACCGUUCGCCAUCCACAUGAGGAAGUCCCUCUACGGGUUCUUCUGGAAGCAGCUGGGGUCGUUGGAGGUCGUGUCGGGGUGCACGGUCGGGAUGCUCCGAGACGUCUACGAUGCCGAUGGGAUACGUCUCCGCCGCCGGGAAUACUACACCAUGCCCGGCUUCAGGAAGUACGAGAACGACACGGGUCACAUCCUGGUCCAGUGGGCCGUUGGAAGCCCCUUCCACUUCGCUGGGUGGCACUGUUCUUGGUGCUUUAGCCCUGAGGGCAUCCAUUUUAAGCUGAUCUCGGCCCAGAACGGGGACUUUCCGCGUUGGGGUGACUACGAGGACAAACGGGAUCUGAAUUAUAUUCGGGACCUGAUCCGGACAGGGGGUUGGUUCGAUGGAUCGGUGCAGGAGUACCCCCCCUCGGAACCCAAAGAGCACAUGUACGCCCCAAAGUAUAUGUUGGAGAAUUAUGAGAAGUACCGAUACCUUCUGGAGAACCCGUAUGUCUAACAUGAUACAAUUAUUGAGGGGUAGCGAAUUCGGGGGGAGAAUUGAAGGAAGUGAAUGGGUAAGGAAGGAGGGCCCCUAGGACUCACAAUGGGGAGGGAAAUAGCACUCUUUAUGGGGGAAGGAUACACAAGGUAGGAAAGCACUGAUGCGGAAGGUUACAGAAGGAAGGAAAGCCUUAGCACUGAUGGGGAAGGAUACAGAAGGAAGGAAAGCACUGAAGUCGGAAGGAUACCUAUCGCAAGCUCCAAACAGUCCUUAUUUUGGGGUAAAAGGGAACAGUGGAACAGCUUUGGGGGGAAACGACCACUGACUACUGACAAAAUAGUCCCUCCUAGAAAUGCUCUCUAUAUCAACCUCCAACCCUCACCUACUACUAUCCCAGUUCUGACUGACAGACAGGCCUAUAUCCAGGGUUGGUACGGUGGGGCCAGAGGGACAAAACAGGCAAAUCACAAACCUGUGGAAAAAGGAAGCAAAAGAUGACAUUUUUGUUUCUGUUGAUGUUUACUUCAUCAUAUCGUCAUAGCGACACAGACACUCCCUCAUCCUAUCGCGGAAUUCUCACUCACUGUUGGAUAUCUUCCUGUUGUGUCUUUAGUGACUCCCUGCUAACACACACACACACACACACACACACACUUUCUCCUCUCAUCAUAUGUGAGUUAGAUCUAGUGCAGUCUACAGUGUAUUGCUUUCCUAUGGUUAAAAUUUUGGCUUGCUUGCAAAUGAACUGAUGAGAAAAGGCCUGAAUCGUUGUAGAAACUCUUGGUUAACUUUACACACAUGGAACGGGACUUCUGCUUCAGUUGCUGCAAACCACUAACACUCUGUGAGAUGUGUGUGUGUGAGAGUGUUUAUGUGUUCAUCUGUGUGUGUGCGCACGCGUGUGUGUGCGCACGCGUGUGCACAGGGGUGUGUGAUCCUGAAAGGUCAGAACACAAUAUGUGUGUGUGUAUAACUGGGUUACAGUCUCCAUCUGUAGACAGACAGACAGCUCGGAAUGAAUUCUGAAGUGAUGUCAUCUCCAUAGCCUUUUGUGCAGCACAGCAGGAGGUGUAUUGUUGUUCUAUGUGGCCUAUAAAGAAAAAGAUUUGAAAAAACCUGGUUGACUCUCUCUCUCUUUCAGUUUCUCUCCCUUGCCUUCUCAACUGCAUCCUUCUCUCCCCGUCUCCCUCCCAUCUGUCCUGCUCUCUCUCUCUUUCUCUCUCUCUCUCUUUCUCUCUCUCUCUCUCUCGCUCUCUCUCUCGCUCUCUCUCUCUCUCUCUCUCUCCCCUGUUCCUUGCUCUCUUGCUCGGUCCGGUAAAAAAAGGUCACUUGACUUCUCGAGCAGAAAUGUGCCACCCACGUUGCCAUGGUAACAAGAGAGAGGGAGGAAGGGGUGGAGGAAAGGGAGGAGAGGGAAGUGAGAAAGGGGGGAUGAGGGCUGAGGGAGGAGGUUGGGCUGCGUUCAAGUUAGGUCCCUGAGUCCUUAGAGAGAAAGGGAAGGAAAUCUAGAGCAACACUGUGUGUGUUCCCUUGUGUUUUAUCCUCAGGACAAUGAAACUUAAGAAAAUGUAGUUUAUUCCCCUGACUCAUUUAUCUCCCUUCUCUCUCUCUCUCCCUCUCUCCCUCUCGCCCUUCUCUUUCUGUGUGUCUCUGUAUCUCAUUCCUUCUCCCUGCUUCCUCCUAUCUCUCCAUCUCUCCCUACAGUCCCUAUUGAAUAGACAGAUCAUGGCGCCUGAUCAUGCCUACUCUUGACUAGGCACGUCUCACUAGAGCCCAGCCCCAGCUCUCUCUCUCUCUCUGAUGUUACCGUGGUGAUGCCCUGCCCCUGCAACAGAUGGAUCCCUUAUGGCGGUAAACAGAACACAUGGUGGGCAUUUUGACGAUGUCAUAUCCUAGUCCGAGACAGAGAUAAAGAAUGAUUGAUUAUAGUAAGAUAGGAUGCGUCCCAAAUGGCAUCCUAUUCCCUACAUUGUGCACUAUGGGCCCUGGUCAAAAGUAGUGCACUAUAUAUGGAAUAGGGUGUAAUUUGGAACUCAUAGAUUCCAGGAAAUAUACUGUGAGUUUGGUUACACCCUCAGAUUCAAACAGAUAAAUUAGCAAAGAUAACACAACGUCUACUGUACCAGGAAUAGAACGACAUUGAUUUUGACCCUGAAUCUGGAUCCUAUCGGUUUUCCAUAACUCCCACAUUAUCUUAGGUCAUCUUAGGAAGUAGAAUGAGAACGGCCAUUUUACUGCAGGCUCUUUUCCAUUGGGCUCUGUUCCAAUCUGGCCCUCAUACCAUCACGGUCACCUAAUCAUCCCCAGCUUCCAAUUGGCUCAUUCGUCCCCCCUCCUCUCCCCUGUAACUAUUCCCCAGGUCGUUGCUGUAAAUGAGAAUGUGUUCACAGUCAACUUGACUUUAAAUAAAUCCAGAAUAAAGAGAUAGCCUAGACCUAACAGCACAGCUGUGACUUAAGGUGGCCAAACUAACACACCACCUCUAUCUAACUGGUGUAGUGUAGUGUGGGAUGGUAACACCACCUCUAUCUAACUGGUGUAGUGUAGUGUGGUGUGGGAUGGUAAC